ACUGUGACAGUGAGAGAAUAAAAACUAAAUGACUACACAGCCACUUUCUGCUUGGGGGCUCUUUCCAGACUGUGAGUAGGACACCAUCGAAGGAGACAUCAUGUUUAAUUCAGGAGACACAAGCUAGCUAGCAUUUGAGGACACUGAGACAUUAGACUUUACAGAAUAAUACACCAGAUAAGAAGAAGCUAACAAGAGGGAAAAGCUCCAGAAAUUUUCACAAGGAUUCUUUGAGUCUCUGUAAACAGCAGUACAUGUUAGGUAAAACUCCAUUUGGCUAGCAGGCAAAAGAAAACAUCUAGGAUACUCUAAGCCAAAUAACUCCCAGCGCCUUCAUAGGAAUGGGAGUCAUUUAAGAUUCUACCAGCAAACACAGAGAGACCCUGUAGAAGAUGAGAUGCUAGAGGAACCAGACGGUCAAACCUGGGAAACACUACUGUAGACCAACCCUUUGAAAACAUGAAAAACAUACAAAAAAAAAAAAAUCCAGGCAAAGUCGCCGCCGCCAAAAUGUCCACAGGUGUGCCUUCAGGAAGUUCAAGUGCGGCCACUGGCAGUAAUCGAAGACUCCAGCAGACACAAAAUCAAGUAGAUGAGGUGGUUGACAUCAUGAGAGUCAACGUGGACAAAGUGUUAGAAAGAGACCAGAAGCAGGCAGGUGCUUCUCAGUUUGAAACAAGUGCUGCCAAGUUGAAGAGAAAGUAUUGGUGGAAAAACUGCAAGAUGUGGGCGGUAGGGAUCAGUGUCCUGGUGAUUGCAGUCAUCAUCAUUGUUGUGUGGUGUGUCUCUUCAUGAAGAACCUGGUGAAACUGAAGCCCACUGUUCAGGAGCGUCUUCAAGACUUUCUACUUAGAACCUGCUGUGUUAUUGAGCUUGUUUUUCCAAAUGAUUAUUUUUGUUAGUUUACAUACAGUUCAGUGCCUAGAAAAUGUGCCUUUGUUUUAAUAUACACUCCAAACUGGGGGGUGUGCCCUAUCCUGCACACAUUUUGCACAGUGCCUUCACAGAUGUAUGCCCCGACUAGGAAAGCGGACUUCUGAUGUUCCAGAGUGCUGGAGUCUGGAUGGAUGUUGUCACUGACAACUUGCUGUGGAUUCCAGGAAGGGAAUUCUGUUCAGUUCAGCUGUCCCCACAUCUGACAUCGUCUUCAAAACCACAUUUUAGUUUG